CUCUGCCAACCUGUCAGUCCAGCCAUGCAAGAGAGGGAGAGAGAAAAAAGGAGGGAGUGAAGCAGAGAUUCUUUCAGAUCUCAGCAGAUAUUAAGCAGCUAAAAGUCCUGUUUUCAGAGUGCAGACGGGAGAAUAUGCUUCAGCUACUCAAAUGUGAUUUGUGGUGGCAUGCUGGAUUGGAGAAUUGGAACAGCAAAGAGAGUUUCAGUCCUUAAUUUCCUGUGGAAGGAUUCAGCUGAGGAAGCAUUGCAUUUUUGGUUUCUCUUUGCUGUCAACAUGGUAGAGGAUGGCAGAUUUCCAAUGAACAAAGGAAACAAAUAGCCCCUGGGACCACAAGUGUGUUUUGUAAACUGAUGCCACGAGGCAGAUAUGAGAAAGAUGACUGAACAGAGUGGUUGCUAUAGGCCUGUAAACAUACAGGGAAAUAAGAUCAGUUACAAAGGCUCUUGCAAAAAAAGCCCAGAAAGGGGGAUGAAAAGACAGCAGAAGCGGUUUCUCCACAAGGAUGGCAGCUGCAAUGUGUACUUCAAACACAUCUUUGGGGAAUGGGAGAGCUACGUGGUGGACAUAUUCACCACCCUGGUGGACAUCAAGUGGCGUCACAUGUUUGUCAUCUUCUCCCUGUCCUACGUUCUGUCAUGGCUGUUCUUUGGACUGGUCUUCUGGCUGAUAGCAAUGCAACACGGAGAUUUAUUGAAUGAUGAAGAAACAACCCCCUGUGUUGCAAAUGUCCAUAGCUUCACGGGGGCAUUCCUGUUCUCCCUCGAAACCCAGACGACCAUUGGUUAUGGUUACCGCUGCGUUACAGAGGAGUGCUCUGUGGCAAUCCUGAUGGUUAUCCUGCAGUCGGUACUAAGCUGCAUUAUAGACACUUUCAUCAUCGGAGCAGCCUUGGCUAAAAUGGCCACGGCUCGAAAAAGAGCCCAAACCAUUCGUUUCAGCUACUAUGCUGUGGUAGGCCUGAGGGAUGAGAAAUUUUGCCUGAUGUGGCGCAUCGGCGAUUUCCGACCAAACCACAUGGUGGAGGGCUCUGUACGAGCUCAGCUCCUGCGCUACAAGGAAGACAAGGAAGGAAGGAUGACAAUGGAAUACAAAGACUUGAAGCUGCUGAAUGACCAGAUCAUACUUGUUACACCAGUGACAGUAGUGCAUGAAAUUAAUAGUGAGAGUCCUUUGUAUGGUCUGGACCGCAAAGCUUUGGCCAAGGACAACUUUGAGAUCUUGGUCACAUUUGUCUAUACAGGGGAUUCAACAGGGACUUCACAUCAGUCAAGAAGCUCAUACGUGCCCAGAGAGAUUCUUUGGGGCUAUAGGUUUAAUGAUGUCUUACAUGUAAAGAAAAAGUACUAUAAAGUGGAUUGCUUGCAGUUUGAGGAAACUACAGAGGUUUAUGCUCCUCACUGCAGUGCCAUGCAGCUGGAGAGGAAGGAGCAAGAAUGGAAUCGAACAGAGAAGAUGCUGGAAAAAGAAGCAGAGACAUCAGUGACAGAAAUCAAAUCAUUAAGUGAAAACCAGAAAUCAUUUAGUGCUGUUGCCCUCAUCACUAGUUGUGAAGAUCCAGAAGACUCAGUGGCAACUGCCAGUCAGCCUUCUGGAGAAGCAUCUUAUCAGAAAGCAGCUGUGACCUUAAGCAGGCUAUCGCUGGAGUCACAAAUCUAGCUUUUCACUGCAAUUAAAAUCAGUUCCAACAAUUUCUCCUAGCAUAGCUUUUAGAGUAUAAACAAUGAACUCAUGUGCACAAGUAUUUACAUUAUAAGCCUCACGCUGUCAGCAUGCCUACAUUAAAAUACUGCUAAAAGGAGCUUCAUAAUGGUUAGUGUGGGUAUCAGUAACAGAUUAGUGCUGGCACAAGAAAACAGCUUAUAUUUGGGUUGACUAGACAGCUACUGUGCUUGAGCAAACUUAUUCUAAACUUUAUUACCCUGGAGGGACUAAUGUUGAAGACACCCAGAGAGAGAUAAUGAUCUAUGCAGAGAACUAGAACAAUGAAGCGUGCCCUCUAGGUCAGACAUUUCAAAACUGCCUAACUUACUUGGGAGUUCAGUUCCCUGCCCCUCUGGGAGGCUCUGAAAUUCCCCUACUAUCACAGAAAGUGAUUGCUCUUGUGUGACAAUUGCCCCUCUCUGGCAGUUCAGGUGAAGCCCCUUUCCUGGGGUUGCACUGGGGAAAAUGCAGGGCUGUUCUAUGUAAGAGGGAGAGAACUGGCAGUACUGGAACCCAGUGUUACUGAAGUAGCUUUGAGAACCUGCUUAUACCCUCAGUUCUCUGAGAUACCCAAUGAGAUCCUGCAGAGCUUUUCUCAUUUCUUUGUCAUGAGCUGCUCCCACUAAUGCCACAGCCUCACAAUUCAAUCUAUGUGCUCUGUCAGCUGCAUGCUAUGGUGCUGCAUGCAGGCUUGGCUCUGUCAGCAAGGAAGGCUGGUCAAAUGGGUUCCUUUGCACUCUUCAGAAAUCAAAUAGAAUCUCGAGCCUGAGAUGAAAAUCAGCACAAUCGUGUUAAGCCUCAGGACAGAGCAGCCUGGUUUUAGAGGGAGCUUUGCCAUUCUUAACAUCAAAAUGCCUUUUCAUUUCAGAAUGCCAGUCUUGCUUUUGCUUUUAUUGUGUUACACUGCUUUAGAAAGAAAUCGUUAAAUCUAGAGACCAAAAGGCAUGAUUUUGUCAAAAUGAAAUAUGUUUAUUCAUCUGAAAUGACUGUAAAAAUGAUCCUUUGCAGAGAAAUUCAACACACUCAGCUGUCAGCUCCAUUUGCAAAAAGAAAAAGAAAGAAAACGUCAGUGUUUCAAAGUUGCCAUGACAUGGAAGUUCCACACCCUGCACACCUCUGUUAUCCAAUACACAAUAUCUCAUCAUGCUUUUUUUUCCCCCUGAUGACGAUCACAUCUAAUUUACGUUAUGUUUCAUUAUCCUGCUGAUGUAAAAGUUAUUGACUCUGAAUUUAUGGUUGCCUAAAAUGGAAUUUAUCUCACUUGACCUCAGCCACCAAGAGGUGAAGUACCACCUACUGGCCAAGGCUCUCUGUAGUUGCUGUAACUUUGCUCUGUCUUCACAGAGGACUCCAUUCCAUCCCCACCUGAGUGGUUGGGGAGCUGAAGGCAAUAGGAUGGUAUUAUCCUGGAAGUGCUCAUCCAUCCCUGUUUGUUGUUGAAGGAGAUGAGAUGACUGUUUUGGAAAUGCUGGCUAACUUUAAGCAGCUAAAAUUAGGUCUGAUGAGUCAUUCCCAUCGUGCUGACUAAUUCAAAGUUUUUAUGAGUUAAUCACAUUUAAUGAAAAGAAAACCAGCAGACUGAUUGCUUUUUCCUCUCCUCUCCUCUCCUCUCCUCUCCUCUCCUCUCCUCUCCUCUCCUCUCCCUUUUCCUCUUCCUCUUCCUUUUCCAGAACUUACUGCAUUAUUUUAAUGUAUCAUGCAUUUCUUUCUGCUCACACUUGUACAAGUUCUGGAUGCUACGUGAUCCCUUUUGGGUAAAACCAAGCGUAUUAAGAAGCCUGAGUGGAGGUUGUUAUUCUUAAGCUCAUUAAUUGGCCCAUUUCAUAUGCAGAAGCAUCACUAGCAUCAAAAGAGAGGGAUACUCUGUAUCUGGUGGACAGGAUAGAAAGAUGUGGGCUUAAACUGAAGCCAAACAGAUGGAAGGUGGAGUUAGGGAGCACUGCUGCAAAGAAGGCAGGACAGGCUGGGGGUGUGUAAUCUUGGUGCAGGUGGAUAUAGGUAAAUCUACUUAGAGAUUUGAGAUACACAAUCACAAUUGCCCAGUUAUCUUCAAAAGGGACACAGUUCAGGUGCUGUUUGUAAAGGCAGUUUCCCUUACCAAGCUGUGAACUGCAGCUUUCCCUCUCCCAGCAAUGCACUGUGUGAGCCUCUUGCGGUGAAGAAAAUUCUUUCCUUGGAAUGACUUUCCUGUAAGUGAAAGUACCAGGAGCCUGAUUUGGCAUUUGGUCACAUGCUUCUUGGUAUAGAUAGACAUAAAUACGUGAGUGUGUAUAGUAAUGUAUGCUUUGGCAUAUAAGUCAACCACUAACUGAUGAGGGUCAGGAAGAAACUUUUCUCCUGGGCAUGUUAAUUCGUAACAGGCUACUAUACAGUUUCUCCUACUUUUAUCUGCAGCAUCUGAUACCAGCCAGUGCUGGAGACAGGAUACUCUUUGAACCACUGCUCUCAACCCAUCUGGCUUUCUCUGGAUUUCUCUGUUUGAUAUUUUAAUUUCAUUUAUCAGAGUAUAAAAAAAAGAUGUAUUAUAAUGUAUAGUAAAGCAUGUGUUGCAUUUUUGUGAAUAAAGAAACAGAAAUAAAGAACAUGCCUCUACCGCA